AUGGCCACCAACUUCGAAGACAUUGCUAAGCAAUUUAUUGAAUUCUACUACAACACCUUCGACACCGACCGCAAAGGCCUGGCUUCUCUCUACCGUGAAAACUCCAUGCUCACUUUUGAGUCAGCCUCUUCCCUCGGAGCCAACAGCAUCGUCGAGAAGCUUGCCGGUCUUCCCUUCCAAAAAGUCAAGCACCAGGUUUCGACCCUCGAUGCCCAGCCCUCCAACAGUGAUGGAGGCAUCAUCAUUCUUGUCACUGGACAGCUCCUGGUCGAUGAGGAGCAGCGCCCCAUGAACUACACCCAGUCCUUCCAGCUUAGCCGCGACACCAGCGGCCAGUACUACGUCUAUAACGACAUCUUCAAGCUGGUUUACGGUUAA